AUGGAUCAUUAUGAGAAGGCUGUAAUGCAUCUGAAGCAACGAAUGGAGGACAUAAGUCUAAGACCUGUUGACAAAAUCAACCUGCUGAAAGAUAAUAUUAAGCAGUUUCUGAACAUGGCAGCAGCCCAGAAGGACGGUGUUAUGUUAACCAGAGUCAAGUCCCUUUUGUAUCAGCAUGGCAUCCUCAGCCACUGUGUCACCCUUCUCACUUUGGGCCCUCAAAGACUUCAAAGCAACUGGAGUGGCGUCGUUAAGCUUGGCUCGCUCACAAGUACCUGUUGUGUGGGGGCGGUGGUUGGUGAACUCUCGGAGACCUUUCAUAUGCUGUUCCUCCCAUCAGUCAUUGAUGGGCUUCUUUCAUUAGCCAGUCAUCUUGCUCUACGAACAGAGUGCAUGCCUCUUUUCAAGAAGGUGAUGGACUCAGUCAGCCUGCUUCUGCAAGCUCAUGUUCAGCUUACCACGCAAGUUCUCAGCUCUUCACACUACGAACUUAUUCAGGGCACUGACGACGACGCCAUGGCACUAAUUUGUGUCCAGAUGUGGACUGAUUCAUGUACAGCUAGCAGUGACUUCCUCACCAGUUUGAGCGAUGACGCCAUCUCGCUGCUUCUCAAUGAGGCUGUUGGCCAAUUAGCUGUGACCUCCGAUGCAGCAGUGGGCGGAGCAUCUGUCAGACUGGUCCUCCAUAUGGCCAAACAACUGCCACUCCAGCCCUUUUUUUCCAACUUCAAAGGUUUAGACAGCCUAUUGGACAAAGACUGGCGGGGACGUGGCUUUGACCAGGAAGUAGAUCAGCUGAUCUCACUCAUUCAGUCUUGGGAAAGCACUCCCUCUGUCGACCGUGUGAAAGCAGCUUGUGUGAUUCAGGCGGCCUGGAAAUCGUAUCUGACCAGACGUAGAGUGAAAAGUCUCCGAGGGGUUGUUCUAAUGCUGCAGCAUCGCUUCAGGGCUCGCAGAAGGCAACAGCAACAGAGGGAGAAUGCACAGCGGUGGCAAGAGGAGUUGAAUUUUCAGGUCUGUUUACAACGUCAACAAGCUAGGAGAAAGUUCCACCAGAAACAGAGAGAACUGCUGCAGCUUCUGCCUGCUGACCAGGUGCUGCCAUACUUGCAAGAAUGUGAGGUCCGUGCAGCCGUGGUGAUCCAGAGCGCUUGGAGAGGAUUUCUAGCCAGACGACGCGUUGACUCGCUGCGACCUGGGCUGAGAAUUGAACAUGCUCAGCAGCAUGCUGCCAGGAAGCUUCAGAAAGCUGUCCGUCGCUUUCUCGAAAAACGUCGUACAGCCAAGGUUUUGGCCUCUGAACUUUGUUGGAUUGGCCAGAAGGGUUUGACGGACAGCCGGAGGUCACUGUUGAAGAGACAGGUGGACGAAUACAUCAGUCUGCAUCCUUCAAGUGGGGUGAGUCAGCAGCAGUGUGAACAACUCCAUGUCGACGUACAAUGGCGGUUGCAAGCGCUUCUGCGACAGGCAGUACGACAGAAGAUGGAGGAGCAUAAAGUGGCAUCUCUGUUGGCUCACACUCACACUCAGCUGGAUCUACUCAAAGAUGCCCCGCCCCUCUCAGCAGUCUCAGCGACAGAUAUCAAGUCCUUCCUGUGCCCAUCUGGGACUGUUGCCACUCGGGCCCGUGACGCCCACAACGCCAGGCUACAGGCCAACAGGCUGCCGUGGUGGCGGACUUUAGGGGAGACUAGUGUAGGACUCAGACCAAAGGAGGAGACGGACCUUGAGGUUGUGGACAGCUGCUGGUAA